AUGAUACAGAAGAAUCAACCUCUGAGUAUACGAAAUAAUGUCAUCACUUCAGCAACAAUCUUAAUUUUCCAAUUGACUGAUGGUUUCACUCUUCAGCCUUCUGUGGCAAGAACAUUUCCUGCAUACAACACUGCUCCUCCUGAUCAGACAAUAAUUUUCGGUCAUCGGUGGCGUCACAAUCAGCAUUAUUCGAGAGUAUCUUCAACCAAGAAGAAAGAUCGAUUAGUCUUGCACAAUAACGAUCCAUUUAUGAGUGCAACGGAAGAUGACCUUGAUCUUGAUGAAUCCUGUCUUCUAUACGAUGAAGAAUGCGAGAUAGACGAGAUGCCAGAUUCCCAAUGGACGGAAGAUGACGAAUCCGUGGAUGGGCCAAUGUGUCUGUUGGUACUGGAAUGUGACCCAGACGAAGCUGAUACGAACCCAGGUGCAAUCUACGAGGCGCCAUCUGAUACCGACGAGACUCCAAGCAUAUCCUAUUUGGCCUACGAUGAAGACGCUUCUGAAUUGGAACUUAUCAUGGACAAGGUCCUCCGAUUUGCUCCGUUUUUUCUUCCGCUCAUUGCCUACAGCUUGUACGAUCCCACAGCAAUUGCAUUUGCAGCAGCAAUUGAAUUCUUGACUACGACCAACUGGGUAGCUGUAGAUGGUGGGGCCUACCAAGCCAUGAUAAUUGCGCCUGUCAUCAAUGGAGUGGUGGUCUGGUCCAUGUCCUUGUUAUUUGCGAUUCAAAUUGGUCUGACAAUCUCCAAGCUGUGGCAGCGAACAAAAGAUAUUCAGCUGUGCAUCACCAUGGAAGCAUCCAAGCUCAUGAUGCUUCGGAAUCUCCUGUCCCACUUUCCCUUGACGAAUAAGACACAGGACAAAUGCAACUUUUACCUCCUCCAAUACACAUCACGGCUAAUAUCUGAAUGUCACGAGACUGUGAAUAUUGGUCUGCCGGACAUUAGUCAAACGGAUAGCGAACUGAUUGGAUGUAUGGAAGAACUGAACAAGGCCGCGGCUGCUUCUGGAACGAAUGGAUACUGCGGAUUGCUGACUGACCAAGCAAUGGCAGCGGUCGAAUCGCUGAGUCACAGUAGAUCCAAACGAAUCAGUGCCCUGCAGUCGACAUUUCCCAUGUUGCAUUAUGUCCUUCUGACGACUUUGGCAAUCAGCAUUUGUUUCGCAUUCUUGAUUGAGACGGAUCAGGACAUUCUGGUAUUUCUGAACGCGAUUCAGCUCCGAUUACUGUGGACCAUGUUGGUGGCAACCUUUUCUGUGCUUGGACUGGUGUGCUACGAUUUGGAGCAUCCCUUCCGUGGGCUGUAUCAAAUCAGCGACAGUGUUAAGGAAUUGUACGACGUACGAUUGGAAUACACAACAUCUCCUUCCAUCCGAAACGACAAGCCCUAA